AUGUCGUGCAACCUCCUCACCAACCCCUCCUUCGAAACCGGCACCCUAUCCCCGUGGUUCACCACCGUCCCCAACGUGAACAUCGCCACCGUCACGAACGCGACCGCCGCCUACGAUGGGAAUUAUUACCUUACCUACCGCACAGCACUAAAGCAAGGACGGACCAGCGACCUCAAAACCGACUACGGCAACCGCGGGCACUCGAUUGCGCAGACGGUGAGGGGCCUCCAGCGCGGCACGGUGUACGACUUCCAGGCGCAGAUCCAGAUCCCGGACGCCUCGUCGGGGGUGGAGUACUGUUUCGUGGACGCGUAUAUGGGGGCGAACGCGACGACGGGGCUCAUUGUCUCGCAGCUGCUGGAGCCCUCGGGGGCGGGGUGGACGACGGUGCGUGGGUCGUAUCGGCGGCGGGGGCGGCGGGCGGAGGAUGUGUUGACGGUGACAGGGUCGUGUACGUCGCCGGGCAGUUCGUAUGUGUGGGAUGUGUUGGUGGAUGAGGUGGUUUUGGAGGCGGUGGGGGGGUGUGUUUGA